AUGAGCAGGGCACUUUUCCGCUCCAUGCUAGAGCUUCGAGCUCCCAGCGCCCGACUCUCAGCCCCCUCAUCUCUAUUGCCAAUUCGAGCACGAGCCUUCAACACCACAACUCCCAUCGUCGAGCCGUUCCCUGAGCGUCACCCCAAUAAUGCCGCCAAUCCUACGGUCCAUGAGCCUCGGCCUCUCGCCUUCAAAGUCAGCCAUCCUACCCCACCUCCAAAGCCCAUGGACGAGUCCGUCAAGAACCUUCUGCCAUUCCUUGCGGCUCAACCGGACCACUAUAUCACCGUUCACGUCCAUGGUUUCCCUUACCUUGUCCGCGAGGGCGAUCAGGUCCGCCUGCCUUUCCGCAUGCCUGGCGUUCAGCCCGGUGAUGUGCUAAGACUCAACCGUGCAAGCAUCCUCGGUAGCAGAGACUUUACCAUGAAGGGCGCUCCGCAUAUCGACGAGCGGGUUUUUGAGUGCAGGGCCAUUGUAGUUGGAACGGAAUCUGAGCCCCUACGAAUUAAGAUCAAGAAGAAGCGGAGGCAGCGAAGAAUGAGGCAGGCCAAGAGCAAGCAUCGGUACACAAUUUUACGGAUUGCAGAGCUCAACAUCAACAAUGUGGAGGAUAUCGAAUGA